AUGUCAUCUAAUAACAAACCUGUUGAUCCAAAAUUACAACAACUCUUUCCUUUACCGAGUGGUUUACGUGCUAAUGUAAGAAAAACUGAAGUUGUUACUCAAGCACAUCGUACUGAACAAGAAUAUUUUGAAGCAGAUGAUCUCGAUGAUGUUGCAUAUAAUAAAGCUAAAGCAGCUAAGAAUCAAAAAAUGGAUGAUGAUUUAGAUUAUCUACCAGCACCAGGUAGUCCUAGUUAUAAACCUGAACAAAAAGAUGAUGAUGACGAUGAUGAUGAAGAUGAAGAUCCACUUGAACAAUUUAUGAAAGCAAAUAAUAAUCAAGCAAAAAAAGAUUUAGACGCAAUUGGAAAGAAAAAAGAAAAGAAACAAGAAAAAGGAGUACGUGAUGAUAUUGAUAAAGAAGAUGAUCAAGAAUCAUAUUUUCGUUGGCUUGAAGAAAAUCCAAAUGCUGGUUUACCAAUUGGAGAUGAUGAUGAUGAAGAUCGAGAAUUACAAUAUGAUGAUGAUGGUAAUUUAAUUGCACCUGAGGUAUCUAAGGUUAUUGAUCCUCUUCCACCUAUUGAUCAUUCUCAAAUUGAAUACUCAUCAUUUGAAAAGAAUUUUUACAUUGAACAUGAAGAGAUUCGUAAUUUAUCAGAUGAUCAAGUGAAUGAAUUAAGACAUAAACUUGGUGUUAAUGUUCGUGGUAUAAAUAUUCCUCGUCCAGUUGUUAGUUUUGCUCAUUUUGGUUUUGAUGAACGUUUAAUGAAAAGUCUUCGUAAAUCAGAAUUUUCAACACCAACAUCAAUUCAAACACAAGCCAUUCCAAGUGCAUUAAGUGGACGAGAUAUUAUCGGUAUAGCUAAAACAGGUAGUGGAAAAACUGGUGCUUUUGUUUGGCCAGCUAUUGUGCAUAUUAUGGCUCAAGAACAACUUAAAGUUGAUGAUGGUCCAAUUGUUUUAAUCUUAGCUCCAACACGUGAAUUAGCUCAACAGAUUCAUCUGGAAUGUAAAAAAUAUGGUAAACCAUAUAAUAUCAAUUCUUGUUGUGCAUUCGGUGGUGGAAAUAUGCAUGAACAAAUAAUGGCUUGUAAAGAAGGAUGUGAAAUACUUGUUUGUACACCUGGUCGUUUAAUUGAUUUAGUAAAGAAAAAAGGAACUAAUUUACAACGUGUUACAUAUGUAGUUUUUGAUGAAGCUGAUCGAAUGUUUGAUAUGGGUUUUGAACCACAAGUUCGUUCAAUUGCUGAUCAUAUACGUCCUGAUCGACAAUGUUUAUUAUUUAGUGCAACAUUUAAGAAAAAAGUUGAAAGAUUAGCACGAGAUAUUCUGGCUGAUCCUAUUCGUAUUGUUCAAGGUGAAGUUGGCGAAGCUAAUCAAGAUGUUCUUCAAAUAGUUCAUAUUGUAUCUAAUGGACCUGCUAAAUGGACAUGGCUUCUAUCAAAACUUGUUGAGUUGACUGUGUUAGGAAAAGUGUUAAUAUUCGUUACACGUAAAGAUAAUUGUGCUGAAUUAGCAAGAAAUCUUAAAGAAAAUGGUUUUACUGCUGGUCUCAUUCAUGGUGAUAUGGCACAAUUUGAUCGUUCACAAGUCAUUAGUGAUUUUAAAAAGAAAGAUAUACCAAUAUUAGUUGCUACAGAUGUAGCUGCACGUGGUCUUGAUAUACCAUCAAUAAAAACGGUAGUUAAUUAUGAUAUUGCACGCGAUAUUGAUACACAUACACAUCGAAUUGGUCGAACAGGUCGUGCCGGAGAAAAAGGAACAGCAUAUACAUUAUUAACACCCACAGAUAAAGAUUUUGCACCAAAUUUAGUUAGAAAUUUAGAAAAUGCAAAUCAAACUGUAUCAUUAGAUUUACUUAAUAUGGCUAUGCAAACUAGUAAUUUUGCUAAUAGUCGAUCUCGACAUGGUGGCGGAAAACAUUUUGCACUUGGUAGCCGUGUACAACGUGAACGACCAGGUUUUGGUUCAGAUAGUGGACCAUCUGUAUCAACAUCUAGAACAACUAUUGAUUCAUCAAAUCCUUUUGAUUAUGACGGACCACCAACAAAAAAAACGACUGCAGUAGGUCCAAUGACAGAUUGGCGUGGAGGUUCAAGUGUAUCAUCAGCUGGCAUGAGUGGUCCUAAUCGAACUUCAGCUAUGAAAUCAGCAUUUCAAACACAAUUUAAAUCAAGCUUUGUCGCAGCAACAGAUACUGGUCUUAAAAGUCAUUCAGUAGCUGUACCUAGUUCCGUAACACAAAAACGAACUGGGCAACAAUCUAAUAAAAAUGAUCCAUCAUCAACAACAAAACGAAGUCGAUUUAGUGACUAA